AUGGUGAAUUUCGUCAUUAUUUUGAUUAGCGAAGAUUUGAAUAAGUGGGGUGUAAACAUCACUAGAUAUAUUGGGAAGAAGCUAGGGAUUAUUGGGAACACGAGUAGUCUUCAGUAUAUUCAGUACUUUAAAGAUUAUAAGAAAGGUAAAGUGUACUCAACGACAUGCAUGGUCUACGGCGUCUGGCUGGCCGCCUCCAGGGGUCAGUACGCCGAGUUACUGGCGCCGUCGCUCUACGUCGAUGUCGCCAGGAUCCUGGCUGUCGUGUCGGCGUUGGCUUUGCUCAACCAGAUCGUGUGCAUAUUCUCCAUUCGAAGGGAACUUCGAUUCUGGAUCUAUGCGUCGGCAAUUGCGUCGCUCAUCAUCUUCAUCAUGCUGUUCAUCGGCGGAAUUAUGGGCUUGGUGUUCAGGUCUCAGCUGACUACCCAAAUACCCCUUCGUCUCAAGAUGCUCACCUCCCUGAAGGAGCUCUACGGAACGACAGAAAUGCAACAGAUCACCGAUGCAUGGGAUCAGUUACAGUCAAAUUUCAAAUGCUGUGGAGUGCACGAGCAGGACGACCUGCAUAUUUGGCGCACUUCUAAGUGGUACAUGCACCAGAAAGUUCGCCCAAAGAGCGAACUGCCUGCUUCAUGCUGCGUGCCAGAAAAACUAUCACAGUGCCAAUUGGGCGAUCUGGACAAUCCGGACAACUCGACCACAUACACGGCCACCUGCUACAUACCAUUGAGGAGCGAUUUGCUCCACGUGGUUAACGUCGCCGCAUGGAUGUCGAUCACAGCAAGUGGCGCUCAGGGAAGCUCAACAUAA